AUGGCGGAAGUGGUCUCAAGUGCCCUUGUAGCUAGCGGCGAGUUUAUGGAUGUGGAGGUUGUGUUCUUCGACAUCGACGCGGGGGGCAAGGAGAUGGGGCGGAUCACUCUCGAGCUUCGAGCGGACGUCGUGCCCAAGACAGCAGAGAACUUCCGGCAGCUGUGCACCGGGGAGGGCCCCGUGAAGGGGUUCAAGGGGUCGAAGUUCCACCGCAUCAUCCCGCAGUUCAUGUGCCAGGGCGGCGACUUCACGGCUGGAGACGGCACCGGCGGUGAGUCGAUCUACGGCCGCACGUUCCCGGACGAGAACUUCGAGCUGUCGCACACCGGCCCGGGUAUCCUCUCGAUGGCGAACGCGGGCCCGAACACGAACGGGAGCCAGUUCUUCUUGUGCACCGUGGACUGCCCCUGGCUGGACGGGAAGCACGUCGUGUUUGGCAGCGUCGUGGACGGCAUGGACGUGGUGAAGAAGCUGGAGGCGCUCGGAUCGCCCUCCGGCAAGACCAAGACGGCUGUAACGAUCAAGGACUGCGGGGAGCUCUAA